AAAAUAUUUUAGUCCUCCUAGUACCUGAAAAUUGUGAUGUACAUCUCCUCCUCCUUCUCCUUCCAAAGUCCAAAGUUAAAUGUGUAAUUUAUUGCUUUCCCUCUCUGUCUGUUUUCACUUUUUUGUCUUUCUCUAUUUUCCAAAACCAGCAAUAAAGCAAAACACUCAAAACCAACACAUACUCACACACUCACACACUCACCAUCUUCCAGUAUAUAUACUUUGGAGGACUGUUGUUGUUGCAGCAGUUGUUUCUUGUUUUCCUACUCAGAAAAGCUACAGUGGGUUGGUCUUCUCUCUGCUUUUGGUUGAAUUUGUGUAAUGCAUGAUGGCUGAUGGUAAAGAGACUUUAACAUACACCCGUCAGAAGCCACCAAUAUGGAUUGCUUACAAGCGCAAGAGACUAUUGCCAAGGAAGGAUUCUUGUCAGCAAGAUGAAUGUCUUGGAAUAGACAAUACCCCGAUGAUAGAAGAAAAGAAGAAAGAAUCAAUUGAAGGCAACAAAUCAGAGUGCCCCAAAAAGGAUCCUGAGCCUGCUCCUGAAAAAGCUGAGAAUAAAUCGUCAUCUAUCAAACAGCAAGGUCACGUGGCAGCUACUGAACAGUCUAGCAAAGAGGACACGAAGAAUGAAACAUUACAUGAUAUGGAAUUGCCGGCUGAAUCACUUGCAGUUUUGGAUGGAAGUCUAGAAACUAAGAUCUCUCAGCAGCCUUCUGAAGGCCAAAUAUGUCCAAUCCCAACCGAACUACUGGAGUCCAAUAGUGUCCUACAAAUAUCAUGUUCAUUUCUUAACCCUAGUUCUUCUGAUGAAAAAUCUACUGUAACUUGUUCUGUUCCUUUGCCUGCAAGUAGCAAUACCGUGGUAGAGCCAGAUAAUUCGAGUUUGAAAACAGGUUAUACCAGUGAGUGUACCGUUGAGAAGCCUUGCUUGAAAGAAAGAAAGAGAAGCUCCCCACUGAUUACCUUCCAGCGAAGAUACAAGCGUAAGAAGGAUAUUGAUGGGCUGCAUGCGCAAAAUACAUUAGAUGUUAACUGUGAUGGGACCCCAGAAUCCACGGGCUUUGCUUCUGUCAAGGAAGGAACACAUUCUGAAAGAGGUUCAGAACAUGCUUUGAUAGCCAGCAAAAAUGUUGAAUCUUCUUAUGCUGGUGACAGAUCAUCCUCUGAAAGUGGAAGUUUCACGCAACCAGAUCACAAGAUGGAAAACAUAAUGAGGGAGGAUACAUCCACCAUUGAAGUACUUCCUCAGAUUACAGAAUUGAAUGUUUGUUCUUUAGAUAAAAAUGUCAGUCUUCAUUCCCCUGAAGGUCCCGCAGGAAACUCGUCAAAUGAUGCUACUGUUGAUCCUGCUCUUGAGCCUGCGUUGUUCAAUAAUGAUUCUUCGGAAGGUAAAUCCCAAGAUUUGUCCAGUGGUCUAAAUGCAGAAAAGGGAAUCGAGAUUCCUUGUGCCGGAGGUUCCACAAAGGCCAUUGACCUAUCUAUUUCUGCACAGGUACCAGACUGUGGAGUUGCAUCACUUUGUGAAGAAAAUUCACACGGGAAUUCACUAGACGCACCCUCUGGAAGUCACACAACACCCUUAGAUGUUCAGUCCCCAGGAGUCAAGGGCUUGGAUUUGCUCCACGAGAACAUUGGGGAGAGCUAUUUACCCCACCGAUUAGUGGGAAAUGGUUGCACUUCCGCCAAAGCAGUGAGUUGCAAGAAUAAUGUUUUUGCUAACUCUUCUUCAGCGGACACAUUGAGGAACAGCUAUUUGCAGCUGUUUCCGGAGCAUAGUGACAGAUCUUGUUCAACAAAGGCGCACCAAAAGGGAUCUGCUAAUUCUGUUUCUGAAGAAAGAACAGUUAAUCCUUUGGGAAACUCUAGCCAGGCUGGAACUCCAGAAGCAAAUUCUUCACGUUUCCGCAGUUUAUUCUUACCAAUGGAACGGAUAAAUAACCGCCAAAAUAGCAGUUUUCCCUCUUCUCACUGGCCAAAUGGUGGUAGCAUCCAGUCGAGAGAAUUUUUUAAAGAUACAGUUCCCCCGGGUUUUCAGGUCAACCCAUCAACCUCCAUGAGACAGAAGAUGAUGCUUGAUAACAUUGUCAAUAAAGCAAGGACUUCCAAGCGAAGCAGUGGUCUGCAGUUGUAUGGAUAUCCCACAGCGUGGUCUGACGAAGAGCUUGAUCGCCUGUGGAUUGGUGUUCGUAGAUAUGGUAAAGGUAAUUGGGAAGUCAUGUUAAAGGAUCCAAGGCUUGGGUUUCCUCCAUGGAGAAAUGCUUGGGAUCUUGCCCAGCAGUGGGAACAGGAACAGACCAAGCUUCUCCGUACCAUGGCUCCUUCCCAAGGCAUAAAUUUCAGAAUUCCCAGUGGUGUCCAAGACCGUAUGGAUGGUCUCCGCCAUCCAAUGGUCAGAAAUCAAAACUCGGUGGAAGAUGUUCAACUAUCACUCGGGAACAUGAUCCCCAAACCCAAGGAUGGUGGCCGUAAGAGAUCACAGCCUAACUUUGUGGAUAUCCAGAAUAAUGCAACCAUGCAACAUCAGUUAACGGGGACCUCGUCUUCCUCCAGGAGCACCACCAGGAGGGCUGCUACAUUCCCGCAUAGUCAGACUCAGGAUGUUGGUUCGUCUGCUGGGCGUGCCAAUUACUCAGCUUAUAUGCCUUCCGGGAAAGAUUUUCCUCAUUGGCUCAAAGAACUGGUGUCACACCCGCUUAGGCCACCUCAGGCAGCUGUGUUGACAGAUACCUCAGGUGCUGGUCCUGUUGAAGUUCAUCAUGCUGAUAAAGGAAUUGAUCAUGAACAGCGGAGCCUAAUAAGUAGCAAGAGAACAACCCUGAGAGGGCGCGAGCUUCGCAUUGGAGCUGAAGCACAGAAUAACAUGUUCCCAGCCGUCAAAGACGAUGAGAAUAAACAAGAGGAUCAGCAUCCUGCAAAUAAACGAGACUUGAUUGUAAUUGAUGACAGUGAUGCAUCUUCAGAGGAGACUAUCUCUGAUCACCGUGGUGCCACCGUGGGUUAGCUGCAUUUGUAGUUUUUUACUUUUUAGUUAGCUGCAUUUGGGUUAGCUGCAUGGUGGUUGUACAGAUUGAAUUGAUGUCUGUACCGAGGGAUUCUUUAGUUUUUACCAAAUUGAAUUUUAUUUAAACUUGGCUUUAACAAUUUUAGUCAAGAAUAUUUCAGAUUUAGUGCACCGGAUGAAUAGUUGUCCGAGCGGUUUAAUAUAGAGUUUCUUGACUUGCAAAUUGUCAACCAACAUUCUCUCUAGGUUUGAAUGUUCUUUAAAAUAAACAACGAUUUGAACCCAUUGGCUGUGCAAUUUGGAAUUCAAAUUGCUGAUAGUUUUCAAAUGAUUAAAAAAAGAAGAAGAAGAAGAAGUAAUUCUUUCAAAGAAAACAGAAAUUUAAUUGUGACCACGAACAUUUUUAUGCCAGGAAAAGUG